AACAGUAUGAAUCUAUAUAGAGAAAGAAGUUUAAUAAUUUUUAUUAUUAUAGUUUUCUGUGGAACCUUAAUUUCUGCACAAAAUUUGACCCCCAAAAUCAUUGGGGGGUUUAAUGUAUCAACAAUUGAUGAUUUUAAGCAUCAAGUUUCUCUCAGAGAUGCUUCACACGAGAGCUCAACUUUUGGAUCUGGGCACAUUUGUGGUGGAAGUUUAAUCAAUUAUGACACCGUCUUAACAGCUGCUCAUUGCGUCCACGACGGAGAUAGAUAUUUAAGUCCUGCUUACUACAUGGCUGUGAUGGGGAAUUUAGAUUUAUUUGUUCGUGAUAGCAAUACAGUAGUUCGACGAGUCAUAAAAGUCAUAGGACAUAGAAAAUACGACCCUGAUUCCUUCAUUAAUGACAUUGCAUUAUUAAAAUUAAACGCUCCAGUCCCAAAAGAUCAUCCAACAGCACAGCCAAUUCGUCUUUCAAAAACAGAAGCAAGACCAGGAAUUAAUUGUCAAUCUUCAGGAUGGGGAUCUAUACAAUAUGAAGAAAAUGCAAGGGCUGUAAGAGGAUUGAUGGCUGUUAACAUCACCAUAAAUUCAAAAUAUGAUUGUAAUAGACGAGAAAGUCACGCUGGAAGUGUUAUUCGAGGACAAUUUUGUGCUGGUCCAUUUAGUGGUGGAAAAGAUACGUGUCAAGGCGAUUCUGGAGGACCGUUCGCAUGUAAUGGAGUUUUAGUAGGAAUUACGUCUCAUGGUUAUGAAUGUGGAUUGCCUAAUUAUCCAGGUAUCUACAUGGAUGUUGGUUAUUAUAGAGACUGGAUUGCUGCAGCAAACAGUGCUAUCUCAAGUUUAUCGAAUUUAAUAGUCUUAAUUGCAAUUUUACUUAUUCUGUCAAUAUUUUAGAAUUCAAGCAUUUAACGGUUUUUGAAAUUUUAAAAUUUUAUCGGUUAUAUGAAAUUUUUAAGAAUAACCGAUUCGAAUACAAACAAAACAACUUUUAUUUAAAAAAGAAAUAAAAAUCUUUAAUUUAACUUAUUUUUAAUAAAAUGCAACAAGAAGAACUUAAACUACAAAGUGAUAAGCUUUGGGUUGGAAAUUUAGACUUAAGAAUUACCGAGCUUUGCAUUCAUAAAGUACAAAGAGGCUGAAGAUACAAUAAAUGUCUUGACUAAACUAAACAAUAAGAAAAUUGGAAGUAAGAAUGUGGCAGUACGUUAUGCUAAACACGUCGAAUACGACGAUGACAAGUCAUCAAAGAAUCUUAAAAUUUCAGCACUUGGUGCUGGAUCAUCUCAUGGGAGUUUAGCAGACAAGAAAAGUAAAAUACAGCUCAUCGAGGAGCAAUUGAGACGCUAUCAAAACUCAUCAGAUGAUUUUGAACUGAAUAGAAAUGCCCAAAAAUCCGCAACAACCGAGCCACUCAUAAAAAAGUAUCAAUUCAAUAAGGAUGCAGCAUCAACCACCUCAAAUCGUUAUCAGAAUUAUCAUAAAAAGAAGAGAAAACCGUAUUAGAUUAUUUUUGUACCUGCCUAAACUGUAUUGAAUGUGAAAUUUUUCAGAGAUUAAUAAAAUGUAAGAUAUUUGACAAAACUUGAUGAAUAA